AUGGAAACUAACUUUACAGCGAGUUCGCCUAUUCUAAACAACAUCCAAUCAAUCGCAUCAUCUCCAUUGUCAAAAGAUCUUAAUAGGGCUAUAAUUUCUCAAUUGUCCAUACUAAUUACAAAUUUAAAUAGCUCUAAUUAUACUGAAGUCAGUUCCAAGAUCGACUCCAUUUUAAAUAAAUAUCAAGAGGCUAUACCUACUUUCCUAAGAAGAUUAAUCAAUCAAUCAUCUGCAGAAAUCCUAGAAUCAGAAUCAUAUAAAAGUUCCAAUUCUUAUAAUCUAAAAGUCUUACGUAACCAGUUAAAAAGACUCACAUCUACAGAUUUAAAUAAAGUGAAAUUUAUUUCCGAAGCUUUAUUGACCCCAGAAUCUCAAUUUGUUUUAUUUUCAUUAGAGAAGUUUUUAGCCUUUUUUGAAUUAUCAAAUUCGGAAUCCUUAUUGAUUUCUUUAUCGAUUGAAGAAUUCAUUGUUAAUCACAACUUAAAGGAGAAAAACAGUUCAUUAUUAAAGGAGUUACCUGAUCUUUAUAUCAAAUAUUCAGCGGGCUUUAUUGAGUGGUUAAGUUUACUAGAAAGCACAAAUACCACAUCAAAGGUUGACUUAUUAACUUUUCUGAAAUUAUUCCUAAAUUCUGAAAUUUUCUCAGUUCCUCAUAAGUUUAUAGUUUUAACUCAGAUUUCCAAGACCUUCAAAUCUGACAACACUCCAAGUCACAAAGCAAACACAAAACUUCCAUUUCAAACAAACUUUGAUAAACUCAACACCAUAAUCAACAAAUUUUUAGACAAAGUGAGAAAAAUGAGCAUCGAAAAACUAGUCUUGGAAUUUUGUAAUACAAAGUCCUCACCUGAAAGAUUAUUAACCGAUCUGCUAUCCAUUCAGCCGGAGGAGAAUAUUGAUGCACCGGUUUGGAUUCUAUUAUCCGAAACCUUAUUACCCGGUUUUUACUCAAAGAAAGUUAACAAUAACGAGCACACCAGCAGUAAUGCAUCUGAUGAAAACACACUGUCUCUUUUAACUGCAGAUACUUUACCAGAGGCUACUGCUAGAGGCUCGAGGAUGUUACAAGUAAUAAAUAAAUUUAAAGAUUUGGUUAACUGGGAUGUUGUCUUCACUAAUAUCAUAUCCAACUGGGAUCAAGGAUUUACCAUAUCAGCAAUAUCGCUAUCGCAAUUUCUGUCAUCCAUUAAUUCCGACAAGUUGAUAGACCAGUUCCUAAUGAAGGUUUGUGAAUCCUCUAAAAUUCCAAUUUUAUCACAAUUACUAAUUCAAUUGAAUAGCUUAGACCCAAAUGUUGGUGCUAUUGAUAUCUUCAGGUUGAAUUUAAAGCCUAUCCUUGAGACCGAAACCAAUUCUAGAAAUCUUCUAUUGUACUACAAAUCAAUAACGAUGUUGGAAGUAAAAACAGUUUCUUUGUUGAGUUUCAAGAAGAUCAAUGAUAAUAUCGUAUCUCAAAUUUUCAACAAAGAUUUAAGAAUUGCACCCGAAUACAUGAUAUUAGCUUGCUUGCAUUUGCAGCAUCGAUUCCCAAAAGCAGAGGAAAAUGAUAUCAUUGUCAAUAUCAUGCAGAACUUUUUCAUCAAUUUACUUGAUGCUAACUCUCCCUAUCUUACUGCCGUUUUUGCAUUAUUCGAAGAAUUAAAUGGCAAAGAACUUGGAAGGUUACUAUUAAAAUACUUAGAGCUUAGGAAGAACCCUGAGAAUAUUCAUAAGGUUGCAAGCUUAACGGCCUCAUUUAAAGAUGACACUGUUGUCCAAUCAAUAUUAUCAAGCUGUACUGACUUCCACGAAAGUUUUACAAUUGCAGUUGUUUUCUCACAAUAUGGUUGGAAACAUUUCAAGCAAUUUAUUUUAGACAAGUUGGAGGUCGAUCAUUUAUCAGUUUUAACAACAAUCUUGAAUUAUCUAGAAACUCAGGCUAGAAUUGAAUAUGAAAACACGCAGCAGGGAAAAAAAGACAUCAGAUCCUUAAAUAUUGAAACCAUUUAUUUCUUAAUGACUGCUCUGUCAACCGAAAAACUGCCUAAGGAGUUAUUUGAGCGGACUAGAAACUUACAGACUUUAUGUCUACAAGCUUAUCCUAGGUUGAUUAAUUUCGGACAAGGGCACGAUUCAGCAAUUAUGAUGAAUGGCGAUAGUAACUCAUUCUCUAUUGAAGUUGAAAAGGAGAUGAAAUUGUAUUAUCAGAGGAUGUACAAGAAAGAAAUAGAAAUUAAGGAUGUCGUUUUGAUUUUACAAAAACUGAAGAAUUCUGAUAAUCCAUAUGAACAAGAUGUCUUUGCAUGCAUGAUACAUUCCCUACUAGAUGAAUACAGAUUUUUCCCAGAAUACCCGGUUGACGCCUUGGCCACUACCUCGGUUUUAUUUGGUAAUGCCAUUGUUUCAAAACUUUUAGAAGGUCCGGCCCUCUCUAUUGCGUUGCGCUACAUACUAGAAUCAGCUAGAGAACCUAUGCAAUCCAAAAUGUUUAAGUUUGCUGUUCAAGCGUUAUAUUCAUUUAUGAAGAGAUUGCCAGAGUUUCCAAAGUUCUGCUCAAUACUAUGUGAGAUUGAAUCUUUAAAAUAUCACACCGACCUAUAUGAACUUUGCAAACUAAUCUCUAGUGGUAAACCCUUACCACCUGGUUUCAAUGACGAACCUGUUUCUGAAGACCAGGGGUUGAAAAACAACAUGUUGGAAGAAGAUGUCGAAAUAGUCUCUAAAUACGCUUCGAUUACUAUUCCCGAUAUAUCGUAUAACGUUGUGGUUCAAGAGGUCCCACCACAAGAAGUUUCGGAUAGAAUUUUAUUUAUGGUUAAUAAUGUCAGUGAGAAUAACUUAACUUCAAGAAUUGAUGAAAUGAAGGGCUUGUUAACGCCAAAUCAUCAUAAAUGGUUUGCCAAAUAUCUAGUCAAUCAAAGGGCUAAAUUAGAGUUAAACAAUCAACAUAUUUAUGCCACUAUUGUUGGAGGCUUGAAAUCACAAAACUUAUACAGUUAUGUUGUUAUUGUCACGAUCAGACAAAUCACUAUCUUAUUGAAUAAAACCGUUGGUGACUCCAAUCAGGGGUUGACUUCAUCCGAGAAAAAUCACUUGAAAAACUUAGGUUCUUGGUUAGGUAGAAUUUCGUUAGCCAAUGAUCAUCCAAUUCUAAGAAAAGACAUCUCUUUCAAAAACUUGCUAGUUGAAGGUUACCAUCAAAGAAGCCUGGAGUAUGUUACCCCUUUGGUCUGUAAAGUUUUAGAUCAUGCAAAAUCCUCUAAAGUCUUUUGUUAUCCAAACCCUUGGUUAUUAGGUAUUCUUCAAGUUCUAAAGGAACUCUAUGAGAUUGCUGACUUAAAGUUGACACUCAAAUUUGAGAUUGAGGUUUUAUGCAACGAAUUGAAUAUUAAAUUGGACCAUAUUGAAUCCUCACAUACUAUAAGAAACUCCAAACCUGAGGAUAUCGAGUCACUGAUUCAUUCACAAAAGCUUAUUUCGAAUAUGACAGUCAUGGCGCUCAACCCGAAGAGGGGAAUACCUGCGAUAACACCAACUUUUGAGUUGUCUAGCUUAAAUGGUAGUAACUCUCUACUACUAUUACAACAACAACAACAGCAGCAGCAGCAGCAAUUGGCUCUCCUUCAACAGCUGCAACAGCAGAGGCUACUAGCACGUUCUGGUAUUCAAAAUUCUCCUGUUGUUUCGAAUCUUACUCCUUUAAGCCAGCAGACUAUUUUGCAGCAACAAGCCCAAGCUCAAACCCAGCAACAGUCUCAACAAGUACAACAACCGUCGCAGCAAGUGCAAGCCUUUGAUAAUCUUUUGGGCGAGACUGUUUUUGUUACACACCCUGCAUUAAAACGUAUCUUCCAACUGUCUCUUGCGAAAGCGGUUAAAGAUUUGUUACCACCAUUAGUUCAUAGAACAAACACUGUUUGUGUGGUUACCACAAAAGCGCUUAUUCAAAAAGAUUUUGCCUUUGAAGUUGACGAAACAAAAUUUAGAAAAGCUUAUAUCAAUACCAUCAGGCAUUUUGCGGAUCAUCUUAUUAUUGCAUCAUCUGCUGAUCUAGUUCGGGAUACUAUUCAAUCGAACAUACAUCAAUACUUACAAGUUUACGUUAACGAUGCAGCUUUUGCAGAACAAAUUCCAAUUGCAGUUAACGAUAAUCUGAAUUUGGCAUUGUCAAUUAUUCAAAAAGCAACUAUUGAAAAGGCUGUAAGUGAUAUGGAUGAAGCUAUGCUGCCUGCUUUGGCAUUGCGUAGACAAUUUUCCAUCACUUCACCUAAUCAACUGUUCUGUGAUACUCAAAAUGCUUCCAAAUAUGCAAUGUCUUUACCAGAGCCAUUAGGUAUUAAGCCGGGUGGUGUUAACGCUGAACAAUUCCGUAUUUAUGAGGAAUUUGGUAAAGGUGACAAUCGUCUAAUUGAUGCUAGUUUGCCUAGAGCGGAAGGAGUCCUAAACCCUGCUGAAGUAUUUGAAGGCGACUCAAAGGAAAAAUUGCUUCAAAAGCAGUUAUUGUUGCAACAGCAGCAGCAGCUUCAACAACAACAGCUCCAACAGCAAUUACAACAACAACAAUUAGAACAAAUGAGAAGUGUACAACCUCAAUUACCUCCUAACGUUCUAGAACAAUCCAUCGCAUUUAUUAAUCAACAUUUUGAAACAAUCAUCAAGGCGACUCAAGAGCUUUCAGAUAAGGAUCUCAAGUUAUCUAGUGAUACAUCUGAAAUCGAGCCAAUUAAGAAUAUGCUAAUGGAAAUUGUGCAAACUUUGACAAGGUUGUCUCAACAAAAACUGUAUUUAGAGUACGCACAAAUGUCGAUCAACACUUUAUUCAGCGUUAAGGAACCCUCUCAGUUGUUUGUUGAUGUUUUUGUCUUUUUGAUUGGUAGUAUUUGUGAUUCUUCGCCUUUUGUUGUUAGAUUUAUUAGCACCUGGUUGUUUCAUUCCGCGGAUGAACGGAAACUAAAUCCAAAGAUCUUGAAAACCUUUAUUCUGGAAGGAUUCAUAUCACUUAGUGACAUUUCAUAUGCAAUUUGUAAACAUAUUGAAGUGACCAAAGAUUCCAAGUGGAUAUCUGCAGCUUGUGAUAUCAUUUCGGACUUUGUGUUUGGUGCAGAACCUAUUGCGUUAAGGUCAGAUUUUAUUCAGAUCAUCUCGUUACUUGAGCGCUCUGAUGAUACCAUAAAGAAUUCCGAAAAAGUUCAGUCACUUUUCAAGAAAUUGGAAUCUUCAGGUGACGAUGCUAUUAAGAAAUUAAAAAAUGGUUUACUUGCCACUUCGAAUUUGAAGGAAUAUAUUGCAUAUAUGUUUUCUGAGUGGACUAAAAUUUACAAGUUUUCUGGUGAAUCCAAAUUACAGCUUGCAUUCAUGUCUCAACUAGUCGAUUCGGGCAUUUUUAAUACUCCAGAUUUAUUUGCUCAGUUUUUUACAGUUGCAACGGAGGUUUGUGUUGAUGCAUUUGUUAAGGAGACUGACAAUUUAAAGAGGGCAUCCAUCGACUCAUACACUGCAGUUGACUCUUUGGCAAAACUUGUGAUAAUUUUAUUGUCGAUACAAAGUGACGAAACUGAGGAUAAUAAGAAAAGGAUCGAAUUUUUUACGAGAUUCUGCUCUGUUUUUAUUUUGGCUUUCUCAAAUGAUCAUGAAAUCAACAAAGCAUCCUUCAAUGAAAGGCCAUAUUUCCGGUUUUUUUCUACCUUGCUAUCAGAAUUGUCGCUUUUGAAGAAUAAAAGGUUCAAGCCGUAUGCAAUUGGUGAAGCUGAUGAGAAGAAGUUCAAUUGUAUGUUCAAAGAAUUGUAUAAGGUUUUGGCUGAUAUUCUUUUGUGUUUACAACCUACUGCUUUUCCAGGUUUUACCUAUGCAUGGAUAUGCUUGAUUUCUCAUCGUAUGUUUAUGCCAAUGAUUCUAGAACUUGGUGAAACUGAUAGUGAAUGUUCUGAAAAGUUUUGUUCAUUGUUAGUUGCUUUAUUGAGAUUUGAAAGUGGAUUUGUGAAAGGAAGUAUUAUACCGGACUCUGUUAACGUCAUCUACAAGGGUACCAUUAGAGUUUUCACGGUUCUACUACAUGAUUUCCCCGAAUUUUUGGCUCAGUGGUUUAAUCCACUAUUAAGUGCUACUUCGUUUACUUUUAUUCAAUUAAGGAAUAUUAUUUCAUCAGCGGUUCCAUUUGACAUCAAAGUACCUGACCCAUUUCAACCAGGAUUGAAGGUUGAUAGAUUGCCAGAAACUUAUAUCGCGCCUGUUAUUGGAUCUGACCCAAGUCAGCCAUUGCUGAAGAAGAAUUGCAAGAAGACUCUUGACAAUUACCUAAGGAUCCCCUCAAACUCCUUACUAAGACAACUUUUGCUUGUUUUAGAACUAAAUGAGCCUGUGAGUGAAGGUGGAAUUGGCUUCAGGAAAAUCAGAUAUGAUAUUCCGUUGAUCAACUCCUUAGUUCUUUACACAUGCAUCUCUUAUGUUGAAGAAAGAAGUCGGAAUAAUUUUACUUUCAACCCACAUUCUUCGCAAGUCUCUUUGCUAGUUUCCUUGAUGCAAGAAGGCGAUGUCGAGCUACAGUUUUUGAUUUUGCAAGCAAUUGCUAACAAUUUAAGAUAUCCGAAUUCGCACACACACUGGUUUAGCUGUGUUGUUUUGCAUUUCUUCAGCUCAAAGAAUUUAUGGGGAGAGAAGAAAGAAGAUAUUCAACAAUUAAUCACUAGAGUUUUAUUAGAGAAGAUUAUUUGUAACAAGCCACAUCCAUGGGGAUUGUUGGUUACUUUUAUUGAGCUGCUAAAGAAUAAAGACUAUGACUUCUCGAACCUAUCAUUUACCAAAAUAACUCCGGCGGUUGGCAAUGUGUUAGGUGCAUUAAUUUCCCACGCCAAUAGUUCUAAUACAGCUGUUUAUUCUGACCAGGAUGUUUCUGCUAAUUCUUAG